CUGGUUAACUGUCAAAACCCGCGCAACUCGGCGAGCGAGGGAAAAAUCGCAGAGUCGAAAAUACAACGAUAUCUUGUUGACGUACGCCCGCUUGUACGGUAUCGACAAAAAUAAUACCGCUUUCAGCUGUGAACCGCGACAAUAUUAACACAAACAAUUGUAAAUUAAACAUACAUUAUUUUUGUACGUUACGUAAUGUGCGCUAAAGUAUGAUAAAAACAGAAUGUGUUCAGUUUUAUCAUAAUAAAAAUAGUGUUGUGUGUAAAUUGUAAUAUUUCGAAUUAUGACUGUUUGAACACACGUGUAUGCUGUAAUCGAUUUGCAUCCAUAAUGUCACUGAAGAAAGAGUCCCGCACAGACGUGCAGUUCCACCUGGCCGCGCUGCGUGGAGACUGCGACAGGCUGCGGCAGCUGCUCGACACGGGGAAAGUGCACAUCGACUCCAGAGACAGGGACGGCACGACCCCGCUGAUCCUGUCAGCUGCGAUGGGUCACACGGAGUGCGUGCGCGAGCUGCUGGCGCAGGGCGCCGACCCGGCCUGCAGCAGGACGACAGGAACGAGUGCGCUGUUCUUCGCGGCGCAGGGCGGGUUCCUCGACAUCGCGCGACUACUGCUCGACGCGGGAGCCGCCAUCGACGCUCCUAGCAUGGACGGUGGCACACCGCUGUUCGUGGCGUGCCAGUGCGGUCACCUGCCGGUCGUCGACGAGCUCAUCCGGAGGGGAGCCAACGUCAACGCUUGUAUGAAGGACAAGGCGAGUCCCCUGUUCAUAGCGGCGCAGAACGGUCACGAGGAGGUGUGCCGCGCGCUGGUCCGCGCGGGCGCGGCGGUGGACGGCGCGCGCGCCGACCGCGCCACGGCGCUGUGGAUCGCCGCGCAGUGCGGACACCAACACGUCGCGCGACUGCUGCUGGCCGCCGGCGCUAGCGUCGACCAUGUGCGACAGGACGGAGCCACACCCCUCUUUAAAGCAGCGCACAAGGGACACGCCGCCGUAGUCGUAGAACUGCUCAAAUACAAACCAAACCUUGGAUUACUUCCCAAUGGUCAGUCGGCCCUCCACGGCGCCGCGAUGUUCGGUCAGAUGUCGUGCGUGCGCCUGCUGGCGCGGCGGUCGCAGCUGUCGCUGCGCAACUCGGCCGGCCUCACGGCGCUGCAGGCCGCCGCCGCCGCGCGCAAGCACGACGUCGCCGCCUACCUGCGCCGCCUGCAGCAGGAACUCGCGCACACAUGAUGUACACACUCUACUGCGGCCUCGCCGGCCUCUUGAACCUUACUGUCGCACUAGUUGGGAGCUGUCAUAUAGGUACUCAUUUUUAUUUUCAAUAAUAAAAAAUAUAGGUCGUUUUAUCCAGUUGGAAUGUAAAGUACAUUUUUAUACAAUGAAACAGCCUUAAAUGACAGCACCCAACUAACGGACGAAGCAUUUGUUAUAAAUCUCACUCGUGGUUAAUCGAUCUGCAUACAAUCUCGUAUUCCUAACUAUAGUUACUAAAACUGAAUAUUUUGUAUGAUGUACUCGCAGCCAUACUGGUAUAGCUUUACCCACUCGCCUUAUGCAAUACCUCACCUGAUACUGUAUAGAUAUACAUUCACCUUUGUAAACGGUAGUAACAUUACAAGAUUGGUAUUGCUACCGUUUACAGUAAACGUAAACAAGUUCGAAAUAAAAAUUGGGUUUAUUGUUGGUGCUGAUUUAGUCAAUAAGCGAUAUAUAAACAUGUUUUAAUUUAACACUAGUCAACUUGUCGCGGCCAUUACAGUUUCUGAUCUAGAAUAAAAAGAAAACUGACAAUGAAUCAAUUAAACGAAUACGUCAGAAGCUGUAGUUGGCCGCCUAACGUCUAUCACUGUAGCUUGUACGACAAGAAAUGUAUUUUUCAUACAAUCACAUACACAAGUAGUUGUAAGGUAACUACUGUUGUAUUGUUAUAGUACGUAGGCUAAGUGAAGUAUUUAUUUGUAUUAUAACGUCACCAUUUGUAAUGUAGUCGUCGCUCAAUUGUAUUUUAAAUUGUAUCAGAUUGUUUGUGGUAUUCUCAAUUAGGAAUCUCGUUUUAAUUUUUCGAGUAUUUUAAAAAUGAACUUACUUUGUAUUCGAUUUUAUGCUGGACUUAUAAUAGUGGUUCCUCUAACAACACAAUAGUUCCAUAAUGGUCAAUUAUUAAUAAAAUGGUUUAGGGAUAGCUCACCAAAUAAACAUGAUAUUAAACUCGUAACAUAUUACUACAUAGCAUACUAUGUGUCGGUCUAGUUGUAAGUUUCCACAAUGUUGUUAUGUUAUAAAGUAUGAACAGUACAGUUGAUUUUUUUUUAAUAUAAUGUUUUACUUAUAAA